ACCUUACCGGUUCAGUAUUCGCCCGACCGCCGCGGCGCGCACACGUGGUGAUAAAUAACAGAAAUGUAACUGUAUUGUGUUAGAUGCAUGGGGUAAAACUGUGUACAUAUUUUGUAUAUAUUUUUUUUUAAGUGUUCGAUUUAGUGUGUGUAAAUCCUGUGAUAUUAGUUGUAAGAAGCUACUUACGCCGCAAGCAUGGUCGGAGCGCCCGAUGCGGUCAAACCGUCAGAGAAGGUCGAAGAUUGUUCGCCACACGUCAACGGCAACCCUGUAUUUACAAUUUGCGAUGAAAUUGGCAGUCCAGACAGUGGAUUUACAAUGGCAUCAAUAAAUUCCAACGGGGACCUGAAGAGUCCAGGGGAUCCACCAGAGAAGAAAAUUGCUGACGAGGAUGCUGAGAAACAACCCUUAUCCGGGAAGAAAGAGGAAAGAUGGUGGAAUACGCUGAUGCAAGUGGCCGUCCCCUUCUUCAUAGCUGGAUGUGGCACCAUCGGAGCUGGUCUUGUUUUGGGGACAGUACGGGACUGGGAAGUUUUCAUUGAAGUGUCGGCCAUCUUUGUUUUAGUUCCCGCGCUGUCAGGCCUGAAAGGUAAUUUGGACAUGUGCCUCGCAUCGCGGUUGUCGACGCAGGCGAACCUUGGCAACAUGGAGUCUCCACGAGAAGUCAUAUCAAUGGUCGUUGGGAACAUAUCAUUAGUUCAGGUGCAAGCGAUUGUCGCCGCCACUGUGGUGUCUAUGUUCGCGAUAGUUGUCAACUCCAUCACCGACCGCGCCUUCAACGGCAACUACGUGCUGCUGUUGAUCUCCUCCGCCAUCUUCACAGCUACCACCACCUGCUUUGUGCUUGAUUUCGUGAUGGUCAUGGUGAUAUUCGGGUCGCAGAAGUUCAAAGUGAACCCCGACAACGUGGCGACGCCGCUAGCGGCAUCUAUCGGCGACAUCGUCAGCAACUCCGUGCUCGCUGUCACUGCGCAGUACAUGUUCGAGCAAAUAAAAACAUCUCUCUGGCAGCCGAUCACGUUGCUGUGCGUGUACUACUGCCUGCUGCCGAUCUGGGUGUUCAUUGUGUGGAGAAACAAGUACACCAAGAAGGUGUUGACCACGGGCUGGACGCCGGUCAUCUCGGCGCUGUUUAUUAGCGGCAUCGGUGGCAUAGUGCUCGACCAGGCGGUGGACCGGUACCCGGGCUACGAGGUGUUCCAGCCGAUCGUGAACGGCAUCGGCGGCAACCUGGUAUGCGUGCAGUCGUCGCGGCUCGCCACGCAGCUGCACCAGACCGCCAUCCCCGGCGUGCUGCCCGAGCGCACGCGCAUCAUCGAGUGGCCCUGGCGGACGCUCUUCUAUGGAACUCCGGCAGCGAAGGUGGCGCGCAUGUUGCUGGCGCUGGCCGUGUGCGGCCAGAUCGUGUUUAUGAUUGUGGCAGACUUCGUCUACCAGGGCUUCGUCUCCAUACAAGUGUCCUUUGGCAUCACCUACGUGGCGUGUAGCGUCAUUCAGGUAAUGGUGUUGCUGUACCUAGCGUACAUCCUCAUCCACUUCAUGUGGAAACGGAAGAAGGACCCCGACAACGCGGCCAUCCCGUACCUGACGGCGUGCGGCGACCUGCUCGGCUCCGUGUUCCUCGGGCUGGCCUUCGUCAUCCUGUCCAUGUUCGGUCUGCAGUACGGCAACAACGUGCCCGGCGCCGGCACAUAGCUCGCGCGCCGUGCCCCGUAGGACAACGCUUUAACGACCCCGGCUGAUCGACUCGCGCCGACUCGAGUUUCUACUGAGAUUCCACGGCUUCAACCCGCUUCGGCGCUUUAGAUCAGCCCGUGUAGUAUUUGAAUACCAAAGGUUUAUUGUAUUCGAGUUUACGACGUUGAAUUUCGAUCGCCGCAGUUGCGUUCUAUACGAAUCGUUAACCGGUAACAUCACAGUAUUAUUGUAUGUUUAUAUUGUUAAAUCGAUUAAUGAUUAGUGCCAAUUUGUAUAGGGGCGCGCUCGCUGCGCCGGGCGCUGAAUAUUUUUACGUAGACCGUAAAGAUGUCCGCUCUCGUAUGGCUACAUCUGUGAUAUUUGCCGAUGGUGUGAUCAAAUGCAAUUAUAUAUAUUAAUGAUCGAUCAACGAAUUUGUGUUGAAGCGGACGAUAAAAUGGAUUUAAAUGAAUCGAACCUUAUUAUUUUUUUACAUUUGGACUCUCUUAUAUUUUUAAUGAAAUUACGUAUUGAUAUUACACAUUCCGUUAUUUUAUGCGCUCGCGAUGGUUCGUGUUUUGCCGUCUAAAAAUCAUGUUAGGAAUAAACGAACCAUGUAAAUUUUUUUAUAAAUAUAACUUCACUCAUUUUUCUUCCAGAAAUUAUUAUGUUUAGGGUUAUAUUAUGCAUCAUGUUCUUAAUGACAACUUAGUUACGAUCGACUACCGCGGUGUUGCUUGUAAUUAGUUUUUACCUAGCGUUAGUUUAGACAAAACAGUACAAUAAUGCAAUUGAUAGUAUUAAGGUGUCUAAUGAUAAAUUAUUGCCGUCGAUAUGACUUAUACCAUAUUCAAUUAGCCAUAAAGUGUUAAAUCGUGUGUGCGGAUGAUUAUAAUGAAGUUGCGAUCUCUCGAACCGUGUUUAUAAUAUUGGACCCAUUUAUUUCCAACUACCUCCGAACAGUUACUAUGUAAACGAAAUUUAUGUAAAGUUUAUUAAAUUCUGAUGUAACAGAAUAGUAAUCGAGUAGAUUGUAAGACUACCAAGACACUCAAUUAUUUUGUGUUUUUCAAUUUUUUUUUUCAUGUCAAGCUUAUUUACGAAUGCAGUUAGUUACUACUUAAUUUUCUUGUUAAAUUAACAGGAAUUUACCUGCCUUGAAAGACUUUAGUUCUUAACGCGUCGAAAAUAGUAUGAACAAACUAUUGGCUGGAAGUCUCUCGCUUUGUCCACGCACACAGACUUAUUUAUGUCGCAAGUGUGUAUACACAGCUAUCACGCACACAACCAUAUAGAAAUUGUCUUAUUUUGGACAUGUCGUUAAAGAUUAGUCUAUCCAGUCAGCAUACAUUCAAAGUAUAGUUAUUAUACUAUCCAAUAGAUGGAUCUAAAGUAAAACAUUCGAACUGGUUAUUUUGUAUUAAAAAAAUGGUGUCUUAUAUAAAAUUACGACGAAAACUGUCACAAGAGUGACGGUGUAGUGUUUAAGGUAUAUUUUUUGAAUGAAUGAUGUGAUAUAUGAGAUUUUAAUUGUAUAUAGUUAUAAUUGUUAUGUAGUCUGUAGGUAAAUGCCAUUAGUACAUUGUAGAUGGUUUAAAUAGUAAAUUAUCGUUCAAUAAAAUCGGAUGGUUUGAUGAAUUUUUGUUUUGUACCCACUUCACUGAAACUGCUAAUGCUAUUUGUUAAGACUCAAACUAUGGACUAAUAUUAAUUGUUUUAUGUACAAAUUUAUUUUUUAAGUAAAUAAAAUUUCUC